CAUCGUCUUAGUCCUAUAAGUCUUGGUCGUGUAUAUAUAUACACAUGUAUGUACUCUAUUCGCGUUUUCUUCACACACACACACAUACAAAUUAAUUGCGAAUAUUAGCAUUGCCUCAAAGCCUGUGCUUGUACAUCGCAGAACCAGUACGUCGCCGGCGAUCGCUCGUUCACCAUAUUAUAUAAUAUUAUAGUCGCCGGUCCGCAUAUUUUUUUCGUACCUACAACUUUGCCGUUAUCAUCAUGUACGUCAAGUGGCUGCGAAGUAGCUCGUGCUAUGUGGUCAAUUGUGUGUUGUUGCUGCAACUUAUAUAUAAAACGACUGGGGCUGGAUGUUCGGUGGAUCAUGGCAGCGGGAUGAAUUAUCCUACGACCACUGCCAGCGGAACAUGGACAACCCGCGGUGGGAUAUCUUCUUACGGUUGGGACAGCCGACAACCUAUAGAUCCUUGUAGCCGUUGUACGAAUGUCCCACCACCAUUGCCCGGAUCUCAGUAUGCGACACAAUCCCAUGACAGUGGGAUGUACAAUGUAAACGAUCGUAUUAGUGUCAGUGGUUACAUGUCAGACAAUCGAGUAUCUGUAAGCGGUUACAUGACGGAUAAUCGGGGUAGUGCGGGUAUGCAUGGCUCAGAUAAUAGAUACGCCGGUUAUGGUUCCGAUAACCGAGGUAAUGGUUAUGGAAAUGACAAUCGCGGCCAUACGAAUAGUCAGCCCAAUGGUUAUAACUCGGUCGGUCAUGUUACUGGCAACGGUUAUAUGUCAAGUUCAAAUUACGCUGGUAAUAGUCACAUUUCUGAUAAUCACGUUCAAAUUUACAAUGCCCAUAACGUAGACAGUCAAAUAAAAAAUCCCAAUUACCGAGGUAAUGGUUACGAUAAUUUAAGUCCCGAAUGGGAACGAAGACACAACAACAAAAAAGUUAGUGUCGUUAGUGGCAGCAGUGGGUAUGGAAGUGGUAUUGGUAGUGGUAGUGGUGGUGGAUAUGGAGGUGUAAUAGGAGGGGGCGGUAACUAUGGAGACGGUAUCAGCGGAGGUGGUAGCUACGGACAUAGUAUUAGUGGUUCGAGUAAUGGUGGUAGUGGAUAUUAUCAAGGAAUGUCGUAUCCUGUUUCCAAUAUUCCCGACAGACACGGAACACACAUGCAAAAUAAUUACCAUAGGCCGUCCAACGAUCGGUGGAGUAUCAAAGGAGCAUAUCCAGUGAAAGUAGAAUCAGGAUAUUGGCAAAGCCAACCACCUAAAGACAUCGGCUGGGACGAGGCCAGCAAAAAGGUGGGAGUAAUAGCCGGAUGGAUUGGUGGCCCGAAAAAAUAUGAGUCAGGCAAACCUCCCACGGCAUACGGUUCGCAUCAGGCAAAUGAUAAAGAUGACAACGAUUACUACAACAAGGGAACCGGUUACGAAAAUAAUUUGGACAGAAAGAAACCUUAUAUGGGUUGGGGAGGUUCCGGAUCGUACGAGGUGGUAAAAAUGAAUAACGGGUACAAAUACAUUGACAGGAAUAGCAACAAUGAUUAUGGUACUUCAUAUGGAAAUGGUUAUGGUUACGGGGGACAGAAUUAUAAUAACAAACCAAGUCAAGAUUACGGAUUGAAACCGAUGAAUGUCGACCAUGGCAGGCCUUAUGGUACUUUGCAUGGCUAUGAUAAACCAAUACAUGAUUACGGUAAACCCACACACGAUUACGGUACUACCAAUGCGCAAGACUACGGAUCCCCAACCACUCACGAUUACGGUUCUAGUCCACAUAUCGAUGUACAGAGUACAUCACGUCCAAUUGGAUUUGAAGUUACAACCCCCAGACCUCCAGCGUGGGAUUCUCAGAAACCUGGAUACCCAGUGAUUGCUUCUAGACCCACUCAGCAUUGGGGUGAAAAUUCGUUUAGUGAACAAUUAAGCGGUGUAGUUGGUGGUUCAGUGAGUUAUGACAGGCCUGGCGGAAACGGUUUUGCAAGACCAGUCGAUUAUGGUAAUUCAAGACCAGACAGUUAUGGAACUCAGCGACCGGUUGAUUAUGGUUCUCCAAGACCAGAUAGUUAUGGAACCCAAAAACCGGUUGAUUAUGGUUCUUCGAGACCAGACAGUUACGGAACUCAUAGACCGGUUGAUUAUGGUUCUUCGAGACCAGAGAGUUAUGGAACUCAAAUAUCAGAAGGUUAUGGAUCUCAGAGACCGGAAGGUUAUGGAUAUCCCAGACCUGAAAAUUAUGGAUCUUCUCGUCCAGGUGGAUAUGUAAAUUCUCGUCCAGAUGGGUAUGGAUCUUCUAGACCCGGUAGUGGAGGAGACACAUCAGACUAUGGAUCUUUCAGACCGUACGCGGGAUCCAUAAAUAAUAUGGCAUCUGAGUAUGCUUCACAAAAACAGGAGUUUGAUAAAUUCAGUGGUUAUUCAGAUAACGAUGGUGGUAGACCGCAUAUGAACAACAGACCGGGAUAUAACAACGAAAGACCAUUUAUGAACGGAAACGAAGUCUAUGGUUCACAACAGCAGACGGGUUAUGGAAAAGGAUACGCGUCAAAUUGGGACUAUUAUUCUAAUUCCAUGAGGGGACAGUCCAGCAAUGGAUGGAACGACCAGCCGCGGGACUACUUACAGAGGAGACCGGACGGCGAUGUGUUGCAGUCCGGAUCGAGUUUCAGGCCCUCCGAGUCCACUCCUCUACAUUACAACGGGCACAGUGGGAUCGGUGCAUCGACCGACAAUGGUUUUUUGUACAGGAGUCCAUCGACAAUAACGGGCUCGUCUACCACUCCUAUGCCGACCACUAAUAAUUCAUAAUCGCUUUCAUAUUAAUCAUAAUUUAAUUAAUAUGGUUUUUAAUUGUCUUUUUGUUCACCGUGUAUAUUGCUAUCUAAACCGUGCAAUACCUUCCUAGCAUUAAUGGGAUGAUUAAUAUUAUAAUUAUACACUAUUCGGAAUAAGAACAGGCUUCGGCAACCAACUUGUGCGCAUUGGAGUGGCUUUACUACACAGCGGGCGUACAGAUAGUUGUAUCGGUUGAGUUGAUUAAAGGGUGUUGUCUGACCGCCGCCCGACGUAAACUAGUCCCAGCCGAAGCCUGUUUUUAUUUCGAAUUGACUUAUAGUUAUAUUAUUUUAGUAUCGAUUAAAUUUAAAAAAAAAAUGUUUUCAACAUCUUUUUUUUUAAAUUUCUUAAGGUGGCAUAAUAUAAUGUGAUUAGUGACAAUUAUAACCAUCAUCUAACGUAACGUAUAUAAACCGAUAACUAUUUAAACAAUUAUUUUAAACUAAUUAUACAUAUAUACUAUAAACAUAAUAAAAAAUGUAUGUUAAUUGAUUUAAAAUAAAUAUCAUAUCCAUAUUAUCAUAUUAUAAAUAUACAAAAUAGAAUAAAUUAUAGUAUAAUACGAAAGUUAUUUGAAUUAGAAAAACCUAAAAUAAUAUCCAUUUUUUUAUGUUUUUACAGUCUUUUAGGGGUAGUUUAGGGUAAACUUUUGAAAUUUUGGCGAUAGAAAUACAUUAACUAAAGCAAUUUAAAAUUUUAAUGGGCCUAGUGAAGUAGAAAAAAGGCACACAGUAAAAUAUAAGUUCACGUAUCUGUUCAUUUAAAUUUAAAAUAUGACUAAUGAGAAUUUCCUACUAGUUAAAAAUUUGAUUUUUAUACGACAAAUUCCACAUAAUAUGCUGUAGAAUGUAAAACUAAAAAUGUAUGUUAUAAAGCAAAGUAAAAGCUUAAAAAAAAUUAACAAUUAAAAGCCGUAAAUUAUAUUACAUUUUUUCAAGUUGAUAAAUAAUAUGUUAUUAUGUUAUAUUUUAAAUAAAUUGUUAUCUAACUACUCAAAAUAAUGUAAAAUUAAAUAUUUAAAAAAAUUAUAUUUAUAUUACUUAAAAAAUAGCUGUAACAUAAAUUUUGAAUCACCUGGUAUAUAUAUUAUAAUAUUUUAAAUAUACUUAAUAUUUAAGUUAUUCAAAUUAUAUAUAGGUUGAUUAAAGAUUUAACCAUGCCAUAAGAUCGGUUUAUGUUUACGUUGUAUUACGAUUACCUUAAGAGCUAAUAUUAAUGAUUCUCAUUUACAAUUUGUGUUAGUAAUAAUUCUAUUAAAUACAAUAUUAUGUUUAUAAUUGUAAGUAUAUGAUAUUAUUAUAAAUCGUAUUGAAUAUAUUUUAAUAUAGUUCAGUUUUAAUAUAAAAAGGAUAUUACUGGUGUUUUCAGUAUCAAAAAUAAAAUAAAAUAAAAAUUUAAAAUAAAUAA